UGUGAACGUGAAAAGUUAAGACACCCGUUCUUCCCCAUCAAAAACCAAAAAUGCCUCCAGAAGACGUCUACACUUACUUCGACAUCUUCGAUUACAUCGUCUUCGCGGCAAUGUUAAUCGUGUCUUCAUUAAUUGGCGUCUACUUCGCCUUUUUCGCCAAAGUAAAACAGGACACUACGUCCGAGUAUUUGAUGGGGGGCAAAACAAUGGGGAUAUUUCCCAUUUCGAUGUCGCUGAUAGCCAGUUACAUAUCUGGCAUCAGUGUACUUGGAAUUCCGGCCGAAAUGUACACUUACGGAAGCCAGUUUUGGAUGGUUUUGGCAUCUGAAGCCUUGGUUUCCUUAACGAUGGCGUAUUGCUACUUACCUGUAUUUUAUAAAUUGCAAAUUACGUCCAGUUAUGAGUAUUUGAAUCUUCGGUUUAACCAGACGGUGCGACUGUUAGGGUCGGUUUUAUUUUUGACGAAAAUGAUGCUGUAUAUUCCAAUUGUGAUUUACGUGCCGGCUUUGGCGUUCAGUCAAGUUACUGGAAUCAACUUACACUUGAUCACUCCCGCUGUGUGCAUAGUUUGUAUUUUCUACACCACGUUAGGUGGUCUAAAAGCCGUGGUGUGGACUGACACGGUUCAAACGGUUAUGAUGUUUGCGGCUUUAAUUGCUGUGGUUUUUAUGGGGAUUGACAGCGUUGGAGGAUUGAGCGAAGUGUGGAGAAGAAAUGAAGCUGGGGAUCGACUAGAAUUUUUCAACUUCAACUGGGAUCCCACUAUAAGACACACAUUUUGGACUGUCUCCAUUGGAAAUUAUUUUUCUUGGUUGGCUUCGUGUUCCAUUAAUCAGGCUAUGGUUCAGCGAUGUUUGGCCAUGCCGACCCUUAAGUCCGCCAGAAUAACAGUUGCUAUCCUAGUUAUCGGAAUAACAGCCCUAGUGUCCAUGUGCUGCUACAUCGGUUUGGUCAUUUACGCCUACUAUUACAAAUGCGACCCCAUAACCAGAGGCUCGAUACACAAAUCCGACCAACUUCUACCCUACUUCGUAAUGCACAUAGCGAGUUCGAUGCCGGGUUUGCCCGGUCUUUUCGUCAGCGGAGUCUUCAGCGCCGCCCUCAGCUCCAUGUCCACGGGCCUCAACUCCAUGACCGGCGUCAUCUUCGAAGACCUCAUCAAGCCCCGCAUGAAGAAACCCCUCACCGAAGCCCAAGCCAGUUUCCUCAUGAAAGUCAUCGUCGUGAUAAUCGGCAGCAUCUGCGUGGCUCUGGUCUUCGUGGUAGAAAAAAUGGGGGCGCUGAUCCAGGCCACGGGCAGCCUCAGCGCCAUCACCGCGGGCCCCCUCUUGGGGAUCUUCUCCCUAGGCAUGUUCUUCCCUAACGCCAACGCCAAAGGCGCCCUCAUCGGGGGCCUCGUCAGCGGGUCGUUAAUCGGCUGGAUUUCCGUGGGAACGCAGAUGAAAAUGGCACAAGGAGUCAUCAAAUUCCCGCAGAAGUUCGUCUCUAUAGAGGGAUGCAACGCCAACUGGGUUGCGGAGUACCUGAGUCUGACUCUAGCGGCCGAAGUUACUGAAAGACCGGAGGAAGCGGUGUUUGGGCUUUAUAGGUUGUCGUAUAUGUACUACACGAUGGUGGGGGCGGUGACGGCGAUCGUUGUGGGGUUUGUGGUGAGUCUGUUGACGGGGGGCGGCGGGAAGCGGAUUCAUAGAGAUUUGUUGUCGCCGGUUGUACAUGGAUUUUUGAAGCCGGAGAGUGCAGCAGAGGAUGACAAGGACAUUGUGAUGACCGACAACUUAAUGUAAUGCUAGGUUAG